AUGCCCCAAAGAAAAGGCCUGGAGAAUCACACCGGUGGAUCUGGAUUCAUUCUUCUGGGAUUUUCUGACCACUCCAGCCUGCAGGGCUUGUGCUUCACAGCAUUCCUGGUCAUCUACCUCAUGGUCCUCACAGAGAACAGCCUGAUUGCACUCAUCACAGUGGUGGACUCAAGCCUCCACAGCCCCAUGUAUUUCUUCCCGAGGAACUUGUCCUUCCUGGAGAUCUGCUACACAUCAGUCACUCUGCCAAAAAUGCUGGUGGUUUUCCUGCUGGAGGAUGGCAGGACCUCCUUCCUUGGCUGUGCUGCCCAGCUGUAUUUCCUGGUGUUGCUGGGCAGCAUCAAGUGCCUUCUUCUGGCUGUCAUGGCCUAUGACCGCUACAUAGCCAUCUGUGACCCUCUGCACUACCCCCUCAUCAUGAGGAGGGGUCUCUGCAUCAGACCGGUGGUGGGGUCAUGGGUGGCUGUCGUACCAGUGCAAGUAGGACAGACCUACCAGGUGUUCACUUUGCCCCCCUGUGCAUCCCAUGACCUUCAUCGCUUUUUUUGUGAUGUCCCCCCUCUGCUGGAGCUGGCCUGUGCAGACUCAUUCUGGAACCAAGUGACACUGUACACCAUCAUCCUGGUAUUUGCAAUCUUUCCCUUCUCCUUAAUAGUUAUUUCUUACAUUAAAAUUAUCAGGGCAAUUCUGAAAAUACCUUCAGUUCUGGGCAGACACAAAGCCUUUUCCACCUGUUCCUCACACCUCGUGGUGGUGACACUCUUCUAUGGCUCGGCCACAGUCGUCUACUUAAAGCAACGGUCAAGGGAUUCCGUAGACACCGACAAAUACCUUGCCCUGUUUUACACAAUUUUUACGCCAGUGUUUAACCCUGUCAUCUAUAGCCUGAGGAAUAAGGAAGUGAGAAUUGCCUUGAAGAGACUCCUACGGACAAAGUGGUACGACAGAGUACGUAAAAUCCUCUCAAAUAGUCCCAAAGAAGUCCCACUGGGGUACAUGGUUGCCUGA